AUGCUCUUAUGCGGACUGGCGGGAAAUGUGGACGCGCUCUUUCUGCUGGGCAUGAUCAAGUUCUACUGCCAGCGGGACUCGCGGUCGGGCGCGUGUCUACUCGUUCGCGCGGCGGAGGAGGGCCACGUGGGCGCGCUGCACGCGCUCGCCGCCAUCAACGCGCACGGCAGCGGCGGAAGCGCAGCGGACGCCAAUCCCGCCGUCGCCGCGGAGGUGCUGUGGCACGCAGCGGUUCGCGGGAGCCGGUCCGCGCUGCAAGAGCUGGGCCACUCGUACCUGGUAGGACCACCACUCCCGUUCCGCCCAGUCCGCUCGUUCCCCUCCCGCUGUUCGCUCUGUUCCUCCUGCCGCUUUUCCCGCACGUUUCGCCCAUUGCCGCGUUUCCUGCUGCUGUUUCUGGGGGCUUGUGGCAUCCGCGGCGCCUUUAUCGUCGUGCUUAUUCUAACCCUGCCCCGGCUUCCUGCCCUGCUUGCCCCCUUGCCCUCCACGUGUCUCCGCGCAGGACGGCUAUGGCGUCAGGAAGAACGUGGCCCUGGGAGUGAAGCUGCUGCUACUCGCCACCUCAUCCGCAUCUCCAUCAUCCUUGGCAUCAUCUCCACCGUCCGUUUCGCCUCAACAGCACCAUCACGACCGUCCUCCGGUCGACACCAGCUCGCACGCGGCUUUCCCAGGGGGACCCAGUAG